AUGGCCGAAGUCGGCGAGGACAGCGGGGCCCCGGCGCCCUGCUGGGCGCUGCGCUCGGCGCCCUGCAGCCCCGUGCUGUGCGCCGCCGUUCCCUGGCCCGCCGCGGUUCCCCGCGCCCCCCCGGGCCCCGCCGCCCCUGAUCGCCGCCGCCGCCCGCCGCAGCCGCCGCCGCCGCCGCCGCCGCCAGCCUCGUCUUGCCGGCUAUCGCCGGGGAGCGUCGUUUCGGGCGCCGUGCGGCGCGGUGCGCGGGGGGCGGCGGGGGGCUGCGGGCGAGGCCCUGGUGGCCCGCGGCGGCCCGCCUCGGUGCGGCGGAGUCCCGGGCCCGCGCUGGCGCGCCCUCGAGGGGGCCGCGAGUUCGAGUUCCUCAUGCGGCAGCCCAGCGUCACCAUCGGCCGCAACUCGUCGCAGGGCUCGGUGGACCUGAGCAUGGGCCUGUCGAGCUUCAUCUAGCGCCACCUGCAUCUCACCUUCCAGGAGCCGUACUUUUACCUGCGAUGCCUCGGCAAGAACGGCGUCUUCGUGGACGGGGCCUUCCAGCGGCGCGGCGCGCCCGCCCUGCAGCUGCCCAAACAGUGCACUUUUCGGUUCCCCAGCACGGCUAUCAAGAUCCAGUUCACGUCACUGUACCACCAAGAAGAGGCCCCGGCGUCGCCCCUCCGGCCGCUCUACCCACAGAUCUCCCCGCUGAGGAUCCACAUUCCGGAGCCGGACCUCCGGGGCUUGGUCAGCCCUGUCCCUUCCCCCACUGGCACCAUCAGUGUUCCCAACUCCUGCCCAGCCAGUCCCCGCGGAGCUGGGUCCUCCGGCUACCGCUUUGUCCAGAAUGUGACCUCGGACCUGCAGCUGGCAGCAGAGUUUGCUGCGAAGGCCGCCUCGGAGCAGCAGGCUGACACGUCCGGAGGGGACAGCCCCAAGGAUGAGUCGAAGCCGCCAUACUCCUAUGCCCAGCUCAUCGUGCAAGCCAUCUCCUCCGCACAGGAUAGGCAGCUGACGCUGAGCGGCAUCUAUGCCCACAUCACCAAGCAUUACCCGUACUACCGGACGGCCGACAAGGGCUGGCAGAAUUCUAUCCGGCACAACCUCUCCUUGAACCGCUACUUCAUUAAAGUCCCUCGUUCCCAGGAGGAACCUGGGAAGGGGUCUUUUUGGCGAAUAGACCCUGCCUCAGAAGCCAAGCUCGUGGAACAGGCCUUCCGGAAACGGAGGCAAAGGGGUGUCUCCUGCUUCCGCACCCCCUUUGGGCCUCUGUCGUCCAGGAGUGCUCCAGCUUCACCCACUCACCCGGGGCUCAUGUCCCCUCGUUCCAGCGGCCUGCAGACUCCAGAGUGCCUGUCUCGGGAGGGCUCCCCCAUUCCACACGACCCUGACUUUGGUUCAAAGUUAGCUUCUGUUCCCGAGUAUCGGUAUUCCCAAAGUGCACCCGGCUCUCCUGUUAGUGCCCAGCCGGUGAUCAUGGCCGUGCCUUCCCGACCUCCUAGCUUAGUGGCCAAGCCCGUGGCCUACAUGCCAGCAUCCAUAGUGACGGCACAGCAGCCCUCCGGGCACGCAAUCCACGUUGUACAGCAGGCUCCCCCUGUCACCAUGCUCAGGGUGGUCACCUCCUCUGCCAGCUCUGCCAACGGGUACAUCCUCGCCAGCCAGGCCUCAGCAGGGGGCGCCCACGAAGCGGCGGGCACAGCUGUGUUGGACCUGGGCAGUGAAGCAAGAGGCUUGGAAGAGAAGCCCACCAUUGCAUUUGCCACCAUCCCCGCCGCCAGCCGGGUCAUCCAGACGGUGGCCAGCCAAAUGGCCCCAGGGGUCCCCGGACACACGGUCACCAUCCUGCAGCCAGCCACCCCGGUGACCAUUGGGCAGCACCACCUUCCUGUCCGGGCCGUCACUCAGAAUGGAAAGCAUGCUGUUCCCACCAAUAGCUUAGCCAGCAGUGCUUACGCCCUCACGAGCCCCCUGCAGCUCCUCGCCGCCCAGGCUAGCUCGUCCACUCCAGUGGUGGUCACCCGGCUGUGCGAGGUGGGGCCUGAGGAGCCAGCAGCAGCCACCAGCACUGCCACCCCAGCCACCGCUGCCACUGCUGCCACCUCUGCCUCUUCCACUGGGGAGCCCGAGGUCAAAAGGUCCCGGUUGGAGGAGCCCAGUGGGACUGUCACCACGCAGGCCGGGGUGAUCACAGCGGCCGGCCCACAGGGGCCUGGAACCGGGGAGUGAAGUCGCCCGCGUGGAGGUGGAGUGGAACGCACGCCGAAGGGAACUCGGAGCUCGCAUCGCCGCCACUCGGGCCGUGAUGACAAAGCUUCACGCUGAGCGAAGCGCGGUGCCAAACGGACAGGACAGCCUGCAUCUACCUGCGCCUGGACACGCUCAUCCUGCUUGUCGUUUACCUCCUGCCCCUGCUAUAGUUAAGACAGACACACGUACACAGGCUCAGACAGCUGACUGUAAGAUUCCGGGAAUUGUUUGUUUUUAUUUCCUUCUUCCUUUGCACCAUCUUUUCUCCCCAGGCCUUUUGUCAAGGGCAUGGGGGAGAAGGUUGUGGCCCAGCGUCUCAAGGCCUGGAUCCCAGGCAGACCCGACCAUGAGCAAAAGCCAGGCUCCCAGAGCAGCCUUCAUCCCCGGGAGGACUGGACAGAAACGCAGCCUAGGACACAGUCCCUUCCGAGGGACGGGACGAGGACGGGAUGCAUUCCUGUUUGUCGUCCAUGGGAAUAGUCAAGAGAAAGGCAAGAACUGCCACAUUGUGGACUGUGCUGUGAUGUUUUCUCCGUACAGUGGUGACACAGAAAGUACAAGAGUGGCAUUAAUCGGGGAGGGGAGGGGUCCGGUUUGGCUUUGGAUCCCAAAUAGUUCCUGUUUUGUUGAAACGUGGAAUUCCGGCUUAAUCAUAAAUCUGAGACAGACACAAGACGAUCAUGUUUGUGAGGUUUCAUCUGUAGAUGGUGUCACAACUGCAGCCCCCUGGAAGAGUUAACCUGCCACCACAUCUCUACCUUCAGGAGAGGCCGUCGGCUUCCUGGAUUGGUAUUGGAGGCGUAAUGCUGUGUGGGUGACAGGUCAGAGCCAGUGGACUGCAGCGUCCUGCCCAUGAUGCUGGCUGUACCUGCCUCGCAGGGCCUGGAAAAGUCGGGGCAGCUGGGGCUCCAGGUGCAAGGAGGUCACCAACUGGACAGAUGGACGUUCACGGACAUGUUGCUCCAAAAACAAAUGGCGAGCCCUGUUUCUCUGUGGUUCUGAUGCCCCGGCACCCAACGGCACAUGCAGCACUGAGUAUAGCCACUCAUGCUUCUUCACCGAGUUCUCUCCACCCCAAGGCUUAGCUGCUCUUCUAAAUUGGAACCGUCUCUUCUGCCCACACCUGUAGGAGCUCUGGGUUCACUCAGCCACUGGGCCCAGCUCUUGCUGACUCGGUUAGUCUUGUGUGUGACACGAUGAGUGCCGAGGGCAGUACGCUCCGGCAGGUGGCACCGGCUCCCCUGAGAGGGACCCCUGUCCUUGCAGAUGCCCUGCACCAGCUUGGAGCUGUCACUGGAGCAGGAAGUGAGCCUGAGCUGCCUACCCUAUCCCAUCCCAGUGUGGGGUCAGACUGUAGUCCUUCAGCUUCUCUUAGAGAACAGUCUCAGGAAACGGUAAGCGCGUCCCUGUGCAAAGUGACUUUUGAAGUCCUCUAGACACCCGGUGUUGGUUCUUCUGGUGGUGGACAGCUGGAACAACCAACUGCAUGGAGCUGCACAGGCCCUGCCAAAACGGUUUUUCCCCACACGCAGCUUAUCCUCAGCAUUAGUCCUUCAGAAGCAAAGCUGCCUGCUCUUCCCUGAGCCCUGAUGGCAGUGCCACCAAGAGACUCACAGCUUCUGUGGUCAGCGAGAGCAAGAGCGGCUGUCUUCCAGGCCUGGGACCCGGCUGGACAGGAGCUGCCUCAGAAAGAAGGGGAAACGUGGGAUGUGAUUCUGAGGCGGUGCAGGCAAGAUUGGCUUACGUGCUGAGCUGAGCUGGUUGGAGGGCAGCGUGGAAGUGACCAGCUCCGUCUCACUGCUACCACUGUCCCCACGCGCAGCCACCCUCGUCAGUCACUGGGGACAAGUGCAGAGCGUCCUCCAGCCCCUCUCCUCCUGCCUGGACUGGGGAAGUAGCUGUUCUAUGUUCUUUAAGCCCCAGACUGGUUUUUUUAUGGCACUAAACGUUAAAUGGGAAAUAAGCUCUUUGUGAAGUCCGCGUCUCUCGCCUUCGGUGAGAUUUCACAGGAAGGGGUGGGCGAAAACAGCAGGUGUGCCAUCCUCGGAUGCAUUCGCCGUCAAGGAGGAGAAAUCACGCUCCAUUCCACAUUGACGUUGUCUGUUCUUUUAUGUGAACUUGGUCUUUACAAAGUGUCUGGUGUGUGCAUGGGUGGGAGUGAAUGAGCGAGCUGGGCUGAGGCAGGUUUCACGUCUCCUAACCCCAGGCCUCACCUUAGAGGGUCUGUAACGAGGGGCUUUUGCGGUCACGUGUUGCUGCUUUCCCUUCCGUCAUUAUCGUGUGGUGUGCUCCAGAGGAGGACUAGCGUGUGCUCGUGGACCAGCAUGACCGCACAGGUUGCCCCUUGGGAAAGCAGCAUCGUCUGCACAGACAGGACGGUCGGCCACAGGAUACUGUCCAGGUUUUACCCAAUCUGGUCAGUCCUGCUCAGACCCUUCUCCUGACUUUUGAGGUGUUUCGGUUUUCUGUCCAUUUUCAGUGAUGAUCCCACUACAGGGGCAGAGGUUCAAGGAGAAGGGAGUGGAGAGAGGUAGGUGAAUGGAACAGGGAGCGGGAGAGGACAGAAUGUUAAUCAGUGACAUGCUGCCACCUAGAGAGCUUGUGCCUUUUUAGCUCCUGCUGGAACUGAGAAGAAGGGACCCUGUGGGGUCAGCUCCAGGCAGGGCCGGGAGAGGAGGGCAGGGCCUUGGGGGAGUUCACCUGGGGUCACAAACAGUUCUGGAUGGGCUUUCGGUCACUGGCCAGGCAGCAUGCCGGCCCCAUGCCAGCACUGGGCAUAGGGCUGGUAGCCAGAGGCCGAGGAUGGCCAGCCUCCCCAGGAGGUGCACGUUGCAGCUGGAAAGGUCCCCCAGUACCCUCAGAGCUGACCAAGCAAUGGUAUUCCCCAAACUCAUCCAUGGAAGCCAGAGUGCCAGGCCGGAAGUGGCUGGUGAAUGGUGGUCCUCAGUCUGGCAGCUGGUGACCUGCCACAAGCCUGGAUUGUAGAGGGUGGGCCAACCCAAGCAAGGUUGAGGAAAGUGAAAAUAAGUCAAUUCUGGCAUGAUCCUGGUGUCACUGCAGCCUCAGGAGUCCGAGAACCUUUUUUUGUCCCCUGGGGUCUUGAGUCCACCUAAAGAGGUGAACCAGGCCAAAGGGGCACUGGCUUUGGGCAGGGCCCGUGGGCCCUGCUGUUACCGUCCCUCCAUCUGUGCCCUGCCUAACCCGUCCUCACACUUACCAGCACCCAGUGCAGAAACCACACUAUCUGCGUGGGAAGGAAGUCACAAAAUAAGUAUUUUUCAGUAGUGGAGCAUUUUCCACCAAGACAGUUUAGUAGAACGUUGGAUAUGAGAAGCGCUGUGCCAAGAGCUCACCCUUCCUAGGACUGCCAAUACGACGCAUGCAGGGGGCACCGCUCCUGCCACCGCCACGAGCUCUGCAGCUUCCUCCACACCAAAGCUCCCCCAGCUGACGGUUGGUAGUUGGUAGUGUUUGGCCUCAGUUAAAGGCAGACAGUCUGCAGCACAGCUCCUCUGAGACUCAGACCACCCCUUUUCCCCUUCUGGCGGGCCGCUCGGGCACCCAUGGUCCUGCCUGCAGAUUCCCUCCCGGAGUCUGGCUUGUUCAUGUUUGGGAUUUGCUGUUUUCUUUUUCCUCUGUAAGAACCAAGCCAAAUGAAAAGGUGAGAACAGAUUCCUGAGUUGCUAAAAUGAGGCUUCAGGAUUCUCAGCUGGGAAGAAAUGGGUUUGCUGGAGCUUUCCCAGAGGGAAAGGGUGGCCAGAGGGUGGAGGCCUCCCUGCCCCCCAAGCCGCCUGUGUAUCAGCCACUCGGCUCCUGGUCCCUUUUCUCUACCUCCCUGGUCCUGGAGAAAGAUUGGUUUGAGAUCACAGGUAUUGUUCAGCUGAUGCUCUUAUUUCCCCUAAAAAAACGGUCUGCAGAGGGCCUGUUGUGAGAUCUGUGUGGACAGAAACCCCUUAUUGGUAAUGCAGAGUCCAAACAGAGGCAAAAGCUUUCCUUUGGCUUUGGGGUCAGUGUCUUACUUUCUAGAGAAAAAGAGCAAUCCUAACUUAAAAAAUAUAAACAAAGUUGAAUGUGAGAAUGUGUCAGAGACAAAGAAAGGAUUUUUCCCAGAGCUUUUAGUGUAGAAAUAAGUACAGUGGAUGCAGGCGAAGGACCUGUUUUUCUCCAAAAGCCUCAAAUUCUGCUUGCCCUGGAGCGACGUCAGCAGUGGACUGGCACGGCUCGGGGUCCACACCGCUGCCCAGCCUGAGAGAGCGCAGCGCCUGGGGAGGGCUCCUGGGCACCCUGCACACUUACUGCCUCCGUUUCCAUGCUGGGUAGACUGCACUACUCGUUCUAGAAUCAUUUGCCAAAAACGACGGUGAGGCUCUGUCUGUAAAGAGAGCCCUGUCCUCCUGGCUGCACAUCGGCCACGGGUCGGGGUCAGGGCACUCGUCUGGGCCGCCGAGCGGCUGGCGUGCUCCCCCGUCGGCCCGCAGCCUCUCUGCCUCCUUCACGAUACCUCUGCCCGGAAGCGAUGUUAUUUAAUAGAAUAACUUAAAUUAUUCACAUGUGCUGCUAUGAAGAUGGGAUUGACCUUCAGACGGGCCGACACGACGGCGGCUCGGAGGCGAGGGCAGGACUUACCCACAACGAUGGUCUCUUGCUCAGUUUCUGUCCGUUAUUCUUCAGAUCAUGUUCCUAUGUUUUCCAAAAUCUUUUCAUUUUAUAAAUUUCUAUCUCGAGGUCUUGUUUUCCACGUUAGGGUUUUAAAAGCGCUCAGGAUGCGGCUUUCCACCCGCAUGCUCACAGCCCCAAGGUUAGUGCUGCACUUCUGCUACUUGCCUUUUCACACCAAAAGCUGCUACCUUCGGUAUCCAAGAGAGGGCCUGGAAUCGAUGCUUGUGGCACGUCUUGGUGGCACUGCAGCCCCUGCGUGGUGGCAAGCCGCACUGUCCCCCUUGGCCUGUGGCUUGGGGUCUGCCUGGUUGUGUGGGCAUUCGGUUUGCGUGAGGGUCCGGAGCACCGCCGUCCUGCUCGGAACUGCUGUUUCCUCUGUCAUCCCUGUCACCCGACCCCGGGAGUUACAGCUGCUGCAUAGUGUGGGAUUUGGGGGUACCACCCCGAGCAUUUCCUCCAAACUAAGAAAUAAGCCCAUUUCACUGACUGUGGUUAGGGAAAACAGUUUUAUGUUAAAAAGAGAGGAAGGUCACUUGCUGAGCUGUCCUUAUCCUGCAGGCUUUGCAGGCCUGUUUGGGGCGUGUCUUUCCGGGCCAGUCCUAGCCCCCGUCUCCCAGGUUCGGGCCCCAGCUCAGCUCUGCUGCUGGAGGCCAUUCCUCCUCCAUCUGCCUGCAGAGCCAUGUCUGGAAGAAGGUCAGCAUGGAGGGGCCAGGAGCCAGGCUGCCACCUGACUGGCCAAGCCAGCUGAGUCCGGUCCCCGGGCAUAACCCAAGGUGCUGCCUGCUGUGGGGUUAUGCUGGCUUCCUCCAGGGGUGGUAAGAAGGUUGGGAGCACAAGGUAACUCAGUAGGUGAGAGGGCAGCAGGAUUCGUCGAGUCUGACGAACCUCACCGUGCCUCCGUCCUAUCAGUGAACGUCUGUAGCAGCUGCUUGCGGGAGGCCAAGCUCUGGGGUGGAGAAUGUCCCCAGGAUGUCCAGCCCCCGCAGGUCCGUGACCGGAGGCCCUCCUGCAGGGGAAUGUUAUCAGGAAGGGCUAAGCAUUCACCAGGGGCAAGCAUCUGCAUAGCACUUUCACACAGGACUGAAAUGAAGGUCUGAAUUCACGAGCCGUGGGCGGGGCGUGUCGUCCGAGUGGCUGGUUUGGGCUGCUCAUGGUUUUAGAAGAGAGUUAAGGGAGCGGUCACUUUAGUUCUGGGCAUCUUUCUCCCCAGGGAGAAACCCCUCUCAAAGGAUUUCAUUCAUUCUUGGCCACCUGCUUGUCGUCCUGGUAGCAACUGGGACAAUGAGAAGGAAACUUCUGGGGCCAGUGGGAGGGAGCAAACAUGUUUCUUUGGUUGACCAGGUGAAUGCUGGCUGCCCUGGACCCUUACAGCCCCCGCCGACCCCCUUAACUGGCGUCUUCAGGUCACAUUCUCCAGGUUUUAGUCACCCAGUUGCCUCCACGGGUGACCAAAGAGUUACUCUCACCUCUCUGCCCAAAGAGAAUUGGAAGAAUUCUGGCUCAUCAU